GUGACGCUGAUCAAGGCCCAGGAGCCCCGGGCGGCACGGGGCUGGCACUGAGAGCUCGGUCCAUCUGCAGGGGUCGGCAGCGUGCGCUCCAGCUUUUUCCGGGCUGGGGUGCGCGGCCGAAAAGGCGUGGAGGGCGCGGCUCCGGGCCGGCCGGGAGACGUCCCAGCACCGAUGACGUCCCCGGAGCCCGCGUGCUGUCACAAUGCCGACGCCGGGCCCUCCCCGAGGGCAGCUGGCCGCCGGCUUCAGGCGCCCCAUUCGUGAGCUGCGCUGCCCGCAGCCGCUCGCCGUGCCCCGUGCCCGAGAGCAGCCCCAGCAGCAGACUAGCUCAGCCUCGUCGCGCUCGUCCUCCAAGGCUCACAGAGGUUUGGAGGCACGCGCCUGCCAGCAUGGACGGAGCCUGGGUGGGGACGUGGAGACCGCAUCGCCCGCGCGGCCUCAUCUCGGCCCAGGUCCCCAGCCCCGGGCCCCAGUACUCCAUCCCGGGGACAACAGGUUUCGUGGGCCACAGCCCCACCAAAGCCCGUGCCCCCGCGUACACGUUUCGCGGGACCAAGCCGCCUGCGGCCGAGAGCUGCGGGCCAGGUCCCUGCUACUUUGUGCAGCCCGCCGUCACCAGGAACGGGAAGCACGUGGCUCCGAGCGCCCACCUUUGUGGACGCCCCACGACGAAGACCACCGUCACCCCCGGACCCAGUGACUACCGCACCGAGGCAGCCAACAGGCACAUCUUCAAGUGCCCACCGGUGCAGUCCAUGGCCUUCCGGCGGGAGCCCCUGCGCACAGACCGCCCUCCAGGUCCGGGCACCUACACGCUGCCCAAGCUGAUGGGCCCCAAUACAGCCUACACGGCGGCCAGCCCCUGCUACUCCAUGAGGGGAAGGAGCCAGCGUGGCCGCUUUGACGAAGACCUUGCCAAGACUCCGGGUCCCGCGGCGUUUCCCAAGGUAGCUGUGGACGCCUACAAGACCAGGGCGCCCGCGUACACCAUGGCGGCCCGACCAAAGCCUGCAGAGGGCAAAGCAGUGAAGCCCGGGCCCGCAGACUACAACAUAGGCCGGGUGACGCUGAUCAAGCCCCGGGCGCCUGCAUCCACUUUUGGAAUCCGGCAUUCCCUCUACACAACCCCUCUGAUUGUGGAAUAA